UCACUUAACAAUUCUUGAAAUGUCCUCUCAUAUGAAGAUGUUAGGGAAUAAGCAAUUUUUGUUUUCGUUCUUUUUUCUUAGCCUUCUCGUCAUAUUUGUAAAUGGGAACAACAUUGGCGAUAAAGCUUUUAAAACUACCUUAAUAAAGACUAUUUUGGGAGAUGCAAGCCCACAACCGUCUACUAUGGAGUAUGAUAAUUCUCAUCACGAUAACAAGUUAAGAGUUGUAAAUGGGAACAACAUUGGCGAUAAAGCUUUUAAAACUACCUUAAGAAAGACUAUUUUGGGGGAUGCAAGCCCACAACCGUCUACUAUGGAGUAUGAUAAUCCUCAUCAUGAUGCCAAGUUAAGAGUUGUAAAUGGGAACAACAUUGGCGAUAAAGCUUUUAAAACUACCUUAAUAAAGACUAUUUUAGGGGAUGCAAGCCCACAACCAUCUACUCUGGAGUAUGAUAAUCCUCAUCAUGAUGCCAAGUUAACAGUUGUAAAUGGGAACAACAUUGGCGAUAAAGCUUUUAAAACUACCUUAAUAAAGACUAUUUUAGGGGAUGCAAGCCCACAACCAUCUACUCUGGAGUAUGAUAAUCCUCAUCAUGAUGCCAAGUUAACAGGUGUUUGUGUACCACUUCCAUCAUCACAUUGUAGAGGGACAGAUGGAUCUUGUUAUUGUUGUAUUGGUCAAAUAUGA